AAACAAUUUGCGCUCAUUGCCCCCCAAAAUCUCUCUCCUCUCCAACACGUAAGUCAGAAACGCCCAAAACGGCAAAGCUUUACGCCACCGCCUCCUCCGCUUCCCCCUUUUCCCCCACUUGUCUUCAUCUCAAACUCCGCCCCGUCUAUAUAUAUAUAUAUGUAUGUAUGUAUAAAUCCAUAAUUCACUUCUCUGCUCUUUUGCUCUCGAGAUUUUUCCAUAUUUCCAUGGUUUCUACCUUUUCGGGUUUUCAGAAUUGAGGGUGGAAAAAAUGCCUUUGUUCAAAAGAAAACCAUUCCCAUGGACGGAAACGCCCACGGAUUUGAAGCCUCAGGAGAAUGUUUUUCAGGUCCGUUUUACUAAAGAGAUCUUCAGAAGCUACAGUGAGUAUUUGAACCGGAUAGACCUUUACCGGCGGAGGGUUUGGACAUGCAAAGUCACUGGGAGGGGUAACUUGACCUAUGAAGAGGCUUUGAUCUGCGAGAGCAAUGCCAUUAAAAAAGUCCAACAAAUCCCUAAAGAAUUGAUUUUCCCUGUGCUCUCUGAUGUCCAAUUCAGUAUGCUUACGCUAAAAGAUCUUGUCAAUUCUAUUGCUGAGAAAUUCCAGGGACAGCUUUUAGAGGGCAGUGAAUUGUAUGGAAUGAAGAACAAUCAUGUCACUCCUUGUAAAAUCAUAAAAAUUCUAGAGGAAGAUAAUAAGACCAAAUUUGAAGUUGCAUGGCUUGAAAAAGAUAAAAAAGUUCCUAUAAAUGCUUUAGUCAGCGCAGAAGAUUUGAUUACAAAACUACCUUUUACUAGAGGAACCCUUAAGUCUUUUAUUAAGGAGUCCACAUAUCGAAGUGGCCCUUGGGUUUUACAUGAUAAGCUGGCCAAAAAGCACGGGAUCUCAACUGAUCCUCCACAGGAGCUAAAAGGAAUAAUAUCCUUGCGCGAUGGAGUUGUGGUAUGCAGUAGGAAGAGAAAAAAAGUUGAAGAUGAGCAUGGUGCUCAGGCAAAGAGUGGCGAGUCUGUGGCCAUCACGUCUGUGGAAAAUGCUGAUGGAGAGUACAAGAAGCCUAAAAAACAGCACAUCAGAUAUCCUAUUGAUGAUCUACUAGUGGGUCUGGCUGGGGACGAUCACAAGUUGACUGAACGACCUUCCCCUUGCAGAGAUUUUAGUGUUCCAAUGGGUUGUGUUGGGGAUCUUUUGAUGGUGUGGGAUUUUUGUACUUCAUUUGGCAGGCUAUUGCACUUGUCACCUUUUUCUCUUGAAGAUUUUGAAGGUGCGCUUGGCCACAAGGACAGCAAUGUGGUACUUCUUGUUGAAUGCCAUUCAGCUCUUCUUCGCUUGCUCAUGAAAGAUAAUGGGAAGUUUUCCUUGUCUGUACAGAAUAGGAAACGGAAGCCAAAGAUCACUUUAAUCACUUGGACAGAGUAUUUGUGCGAUUUUCUGGAAAUGAUCGGUGUUCUUGAACUAUGUAGUCACAUCACAAUGAUUAAGCGGGGCCACUAUGGGCUUCUGGACAUUCAUAUUAAGUUGGGUAUAUUGAAGGAACUGCUUGCUCAAGCCCUUGAAACAAAUCUGUUGAGGACAAAGUUGGAUGAGAAUUAUGAUCAGCGACAGGCAUUUGCUGCGAUGAAAAGGGAAAAAGCUAUUGAGGAAGGUAAAAAGAGAAGAGAAGAGAAAAGACGUCUGAAGGGAGAAUCUGAGGCCAAGGAAUUGACAGGGACUGGUUCCAGUGAUACUGCAAACGAUUCGGUUGAACCGGUGGAAGUCAAUCCUGCUGAAGAGAAUGGUAAUGUUUUAAAGAAGCUGGACAAAACCGUCAAAAGUCCAUCAGAGAACAGUGAGGAGGAACAAACAGCUCAUGCUCCAAAGAAGAAUGCUAAGAAUCAAAAGGCAGAUUUGAAAGCCAUUCCAAAUGGCACCAAUGACUCGACAAAGAGGAAAAUUCAUAAAAUGAUGAAGAAGGAUAUAAAAGAGACAAUAGAAAAGAAGAGCAAAGAACAGAGGAAAGAAUAUCUAGAGCGGGAGAUAGAGAAAAGGUUUAUACGCCAUUCUCCUUUGGGCAAAGAUAGAGAUUAUAACAGAUAUUGGUUUUUCCGACGUGAUGGAAGAAUAUUUAUUGAGAACUCUGACUCCACACAGUGGGGUUAUUACAGCUGCAAGGAAGAGCUGGAUGCUUUUAUGGGCUCACUGAAUCCAAAGGGUGUUAGAGAAUGGGCUCUUAAGAAGCAAUUGCAGAAGCACUAUGAUAAAAUUUGCUCUGAACUUCUGAAGAGAUCAAAGGAUUUAGCUCAGAAGAUUGCAAUGGAAGAGGCUGUGCUUCGUAGGUCUACUCGAGUUCGUGCUCCUCCUAGGGACAACCCAGCUCUUGCCUUCCUUAAGUAUGAAAACAAGUGGAAGGAAGACUGACUGCCGUUUGGACAGAUUGAUACAUGAGCUAGCUGAACUAGUGUAGUUAAUUGCCACAGGGUAUAGAAUUUUUUUUCCCUUGCAGGUACUGCCUGUUCAUUCUUUCAUUUGCAGGAAGAUUUUUGGGGUAUAGGGGGCCCUGAUGGGAUGAAUUUUUGACUUUUGAGAUCAGCCCUGUGAUGGUGGCCCUCGUGUAAUUGCACUUCAAUUGCUGUAAAUGAUAUUAGAGCCUGUUCAAUUGAAAUUUCAUA